CGUGCGUCACACAUUAGUAUAUUAUAAUUGUGUUAACUAAGUGUUUUUAACUGAACUAGUGUAUUAGUUUACUUAAUAAUUGCCGUUAAAAGACGCGUAUGCAAGAAAUGUACUAAAACUAAAAGUCACACUUACAAUGGAGUCACCAAAGAUUGUCUAUAAAUAUUACUCCAAUCCAGCGUUCUGCGCGAGCGAACUUGCCCAGAAAUGCACAAGAAUUGUCUCUCCCGAACGCAAGCGCGUCCCACCACUCGGCGCCAACACACCACGAACGGACACACGAAUUCUACGAACAGAUAUAUCAGAUAAUCCUCUUCGAAUAUCAAGACUCAAAGACGAGCCUCCUGAGCUGCCUCCGAAACCUGCCAGGUUCCAUCGUCAAGCAUCCUUAAUGUGUAAACCUACGCGAGCGAUCAUACAUUGCAGAACACGAAGCGAAGAUUUAGAGAUGGCCCAAUUGAAGCAACAACAGGAGCUGUCAUUACGCUAUGACAGUUAUGAUAUAGACUAUUCACCAACCAAAAAGCGCAUCAUCGAAGCUGACGAAAGUGAGAUCGAGGAGUACAAUGUGGACGCACCAGAUCUGAACGAACUGAAAGCGAUACCAAGUGAAAUAGUCAAGACCGUGAACGGGAAAACUUUAAGGUACGCGAUCGUCCCCGAUGAAGAUAUAGCGUCGAAGAUUGCGACACAAAAGCUUCACGAACUCUUAUCAACGCCAAGGAAGUUGAAGAGUUACGGCAGUCAGCCGUCAGUACGUAGUCCAAAACAGAGGACGCCCAUUAAAAUGGUAUCAAGCACACCCACGAAUAUGACACCGUCGAAAUCGUGCGCCAAUUUGAGUACCACAUCACCCAUUUCGCCUAAAGCCCAACAGAAGCUGAACUAUGGCCUACCGGAGUUUGACAGACAUGAUGUGUUUGUAAAAGAUAAGAGAGACAGGACUACAGCUGUUAUCAUGCCACGGGUAGCUGAAGCACCGUCUACAUACUCCGAGGACACAUACAAGUCUUUAAGUUUUAAACAAAAUGGCGCUGCCGCUUCUCUAACCAUAGCGGCACUAAUGUUGACGCUCUGCGGCGGUUUGACAACAGGACUUAGUUUUUACAUGAUGUAUUCUGUGGGACGCCGUUACUACCUGGACUUUGGAGUCCUUUCUGGUUUCACCUGCUUCCUGCUGGGUUUAUUAGGUCUUAGAUCAAGACGUAACCAACUUUUGCCAAAUAGGAAUUAUAUUUCCGGUUACAUCGUGUUAUCAUCGUUCUCGCUCCUCAGCGCUUUUGGUCUACUUCUCCUCCUUUGCAUUCAGCCGAAAUCUGGAACAGCUCUGAACGACAUCACCUCUGGUGCUGUGUGCAGCAUCAGUGUUCUAUCUUUGGGCCUGUCAACUAUUGGUAUACUGGCUUCGUACUGCUGUGCGAGAGACCCGCCAGAUAAUAGAGUUGGGGUAGGAACAGCAAGAUGGUACUAGUCACUUUUAAUUUCUUUCCAUCCCUAUAAGAUUAUACCUUUUUAUUGACUUUUAAAAAACUAGGGAACAUGUUCUGUGUUAAUUGAUUCACGAAGUUUAUUGGGAUAGAUAAAUAUUACUACAUAAACGUUAGGAAUACUUGUUUACCUAUUUUUACAUUUCUGAAAUAAAAAGGAACAACCAUAAAGACAGUUUUAGUUUAGUUUGUGAAACCAUAUAAGUUAAUGGCAGUUUAAAAACAAAUAAAGUAAUAAUAUAUCUCUGUUUCAUCAAGGUAUUUACGUAAAAAGUGGUAAUCAAUUAUUACGUCCUAGACAUUCGUCAAAAUUACCGUCGUAAUUUCGGUUGUAUUGUCCGUAAUUAUUAUGUCGGCUUUUGCUCCUGAGUUUGCUAUGAGUUUAGUACUUUUUAAGUGAAAACUUCUUUAGCAUCGUGAUUUGAAGGUCGGUGUAAGUAGAGAGACAGACAUAAAUUCAUAAUAUUAA